AAAGGGAAAAGAGGCAUGGUGUUGAGGUGUCACCCCUGUCUUGGAGCGGGCGCGGCGAAUGGUCGGUCCCAGGGCCCUGGCUUCCGCCGGAGCCGGAGGCUGGGCUCGCUGCUGUCCUUGGUCGUGGGGUCGUUUCUGGGACCGGGACCGCAGAUGCAACUUAAAAGAUAUUUCAAAGGCAGUUAUAUUUCCGACAACUUUUUUUUUUUCAUAGCAUUUAGGAUGAAUUUAAUUCAGCUUGUGCGUGACCACUGGGUACAUGUGCUUGUCCCUAUGGGCUUUGCUGUUGGAUGGUACCUAGACAGAAGGAAUGAAGAAAAGCUAACUGCCUUCCGGAACAAGAGUUUGUUAUUUAAAAGGGAGCUGAGACCGAAUGAAGAAGUCACCUGGAAGUAAAGGCUGGGCCUGAAUUACAGAAUGCUCACAUUUUUUAAAUUAUGAGAAAAAUAAAAACAUUUAAUUUAAACAA